ACUAGCCAAGGUGGAACCACAAUAAUAGUAGAUCUGUACAGAGACCGCAGGGCACCUCGUCCUAGUGUGUGGAACUUCCCGGAGUGUGACAAAGAGUGGGAAAACCCCCACCAGUAGAGCGCGUAGCCAAUGCUGCUGUCGCCUGGAUGCCCAAGCAAACGUGCGCUGUCCAGUCGUGGUGGUUCUGAAACGCCGGCAUCUCUCCUUCCUUCUGUGACGUAGUGAGAGAGGAAUUCGUUGAGACUACAGAUGGAUAAAUUGGCGUACUUCGGAUAUUAAUAUUGUAAUGAAUCAGCACGAAGAAUAUAUAGAAGCCAUACAGAAAAAUACAGUCCUCAAACAUUCAAGCGUCAACAAAUAGCAAGUGAAAACAAGGACGAAGUAUUUGGAGUUUUGCCCACCCUCGGCGUCACUACAGCGGUGUGAGCAGCAAGCCGUAUCCUUGCAGAACCCUGAAAAGACUCCAGGGAGAGAAGAGAGAGAGACUUCAGAUCUGUGAGGUAAAUGUUGAGGACACCGUUGAAAUGUUACCAAAAGCGAGAAGAGCGCUUACCAUUCAAGAGAUUGCGGCAUUAGCCAGAUCUUCAUUACAUGGUAUUUCCCAGGCAAUGAAGGAUCAUGUAACACGGCCCACAGGCAUGGCCCAGGGAAGAGUGGCCCAUCUGAUAGAGUGGAAGGGCUGGUGUAAGCCUACUGACACCCCCGCCGCACUGGAGUCUGACUUCAACAACUACUCGGACCUCACAGAGGGCGAACAAGAGGCACGCUUUGCUGCCGGUGUGGCAGAGCAGUUUGCCAUAGCGGAAGCUAAGCUGAGAGCCUGGUCGUCUGUGGAUGGAGACGACUCGAAUGAUGACUCAUAUGAUGAGGACUUUAUUCCCGCCAACGAGCCCACUACACAGAGCACAGAGGUGCCCCUCUACCUGCGGGACCUCAUCCACAGUCAGGUGUGUCAGCACCUGUGUCUGCGGGCGCCUUGCUGCGACGGCGGGGGAGGAGGAGAAAGAGGAGAAGGAGGAGGAGGAGGAGGAGAGAGGCCUUCCCCCGGCUCCACGGACACUCUCUGCUCCAGCCUCUGCAGCCUAGACGAGCAGCACCCCUUAUUGCGAGACUUCCCACAUCGCUGCGCCAAUGGCCGUCACCACGGCGACACCGCGGAGCUGGCUGCCAAGAUCUUCUCCGCCCUGCAGGGGGGGGAGGAUCUGCUGCUGUCCCGCCUCCAGAGGCUGGGCCAGGGGAUGGGAGGGGGCAGAGGGGACUUCCACAGCCUGGGGAGCGGGAGGGGCCGGCCCGGCGGGGAGGUGUCGCCCUGCUAUUCCACGUCCUACUCUGAGACGUACCUGUCACCCGGGGAGGACGACGACGCACCCUGCAAAGACUACGAGGGCACCGGGUGCCGGGUUGAGGGCGAGGGUUAUCCGCCUGACUAUUCUACCCACAGGAAGAUCUCAGAUGUGGCCUCCUCCGGGGUGGUGUCUCUGGACGAAGACGAGGAGGAAGAGGAAGGGAGGGAGAGAGAGCAGGAAAACUAACCACUCCCAUGUCAUUUCCGUUUGGUUUGAUCCAUUGUCCCCCUCCCUCGGUCUCUCCAUCCAUCCCAUGGCCUAGGACACAUCCGCAUGAUUUUCCAUGUCUUGAUUUCAUCUUGCUGCAGUGUAACUCCUCCCUCCGGGCCUUAUCGCAACUCCUCCCCCUGCCUGCCCCUCCUCCCCGUUUGAUAUGUAUCAAUAUAUUUUUGUCUUGAGGCGUCCAAACAAUCUUUUCUAUCAGUGGUGAAGCAAGAGUGCUGGAUAACUGUAGCUGUCACAGCCUUCAGUAAGGAGCCAGCGGAUUGGUCUGUGGGUGCUCCGCCCACCUGGAACAGGAAAGGGAGAGACCGGCAGAAAACAAGAUGGGGACACAACUGACAGGAAGAGACUGAAUCUGAAAUAUCUCUGCAUGUGUUUGCAAGUGCUGAACUGAACUUGUGCGCUGACCUGGUCUUGAGCACGUCGGUUUUGUAGUUAGGGCUGUUCUGUAUUAAUCCGCCCCUUUCCCCCAAACCAGAUACAAUGUGUCCUACUGUUGGAUGGGUUCCACUGCAUCCUGAAACCUGAAACUCUUCCCUUCCUUUGCAAGAGACAUUAGCAUCCUUCUGGGCAUGGCUUGCUGAGUAUGCCAAACUACCGUAUGUAACCUGUCACCAACAGUUAUGAGCAAAAUGCUGGAAUGUCUUAAAAGUGACAGGAAAUAUGUAUUUUAAAAAUGAAAAAAAAAAAGAUUUGUCACAAAUGAUUAUGACAGAAAAGAUAUGCUUUUAUUGUAAUAGUUUUCUAUCAUUCAACAUGUUGUUGUUAUUAUAAUUCUGAAUAUCAUGAUGACUGACUGUCAUAAUGACAUAUAUUAGCUACCAGAUGUAUUGUUUUUGGUUCUUUGAAUUCCUGUAUGGAUUACUUAAGACCGAUGUUUGUCUUAAAAAAGUAAGCGAAGGUAAAAAAAAACUAACAAUAGAAUGUUCGAGAAGUGAUGCUUUGGUGAAAGAGACGCUUUUUGAUUGGGAAAUUGUUGUACAAAGACAGAAACCUAGUUUUCAGUGUGGAGGUGUAGAGAUUGAAGCAUUGGAGAUUUUCUAUAUUUUUGUAUGCGUUGUCUUGCUUUAAUCUUUGCCUAUGCGGCGUACCAGUGUAUGUGGUUUUGCACGAAGCUAAUGUGGCUGUAGAUUUCUCCUUUCUUUGUUAUCACUGUGUGAUAUAGUGUAUUGGGAAAAAAAAUACAAAUGUGAACAAAAAUUGUUACUUUUAUUUUGAAAGAGGAUACUGUGAUACGUUUGUUAUUGUCAUUGGUAUGAUCUUGUUGUAAACUUUUCCUUAUUUGGUUUUAUUCUGUUAUUCUUUUUCUUUUUGUCUCAGUGGCUCCUAAAGCUGCUAAUUCUACAUUUCCUCUCGUUCCAUUUAGAUCAAGAUGUCAGGUAAAGGGUAUUUUGUUUAACACAUAGAAAUAAUUCCGUUCCCAUGGUGAUCUGAGGGACCUUACAUGGGUUAGGUCUGAGGGACUGCCACUCAUAAAACUCAGGAUGUCUCAUUGGCUCAGAGCGUCAAUACAACCCACCCAUACACAAAACAAACCAAUGUCAUCCCCCAUCUCAGUGAGCCUGUGUUUGUGUAUGUGGUAAGAAAUACUUUUUAUCAUCAUUUAACCCCUUAAACCCUUCACUGAUUCUUAUAGAAAUCCUCAGCAUGUGUGGGUGUGUGUGUGUGUGUGUUUAUUCCUGUUUUACAGUCUUCGGGUCCUCAAUAUCAAAACAAGGAAAAUCAUAUAAAGUGAGGACAUAUGGCUGGUCCUCACUUUGACAGGCAUUUCUGGCUUAGGGUUAAGUUUAGGGUUAGGGAUUGAAUUACACUUAGAGUUAGGGUUAAUUUUUUGAUGGUCCAAUCCUGGACAAAAAAUAUCUCGUUUAAAAGAUAAUCUCUAUUAAGAAUCUCAUAAAGAUUAGGAUAUUCAGAUUAAGGUUAGAUUUUUUAAAAUUAUUAUAGUAAAUUGCUGGUCCUCAAUUUGACCAUAAAACCCAAAAUGUUCAUUGUUUGUGUCCGUUUGCAUGCUGUGAAAUAAUACUGUCAUCAAGCUUGCCUUUGCCAUUCCAAAAACCACUAAUGCAGCAAUUCCCUUUAAACAGUGUUUUAGUGUAGCAGUACUCUAACUGAGGAUGAAAGACUUGGACUACACGGUGCUUUGGAAAAUACAUCAAUAGAUCAAUUACAUAUCGCAAUUUUUGGUAAUGACGUUUCUGACACUAGUCCUGAAAGAGAUUAAUAAAUGUGAGCACCAUGAUUUGAAAUCAAACAACUGAAAUAUAAGAUAACAAAACCUCUAAAAAAAAACUGAUACAUGAAAGGAGUCUGAAAACAAAUUCAACUCAGGGGAACCAUUACUGCUGUGCCUUCAUCUAUUACCUUUCACCUCCUGUGCUCUGAUUGGCCGUCCGGUCAGGGCAGCUCCUCCCAUAAUGUCCAGUGUCAUGAGUUAAUCCAGGGUAGAGCCUGAGCCAUAGCUCCGCCGGACAUUAUGGUUCUUAUGUAGACGACAUGGUGACAUUUACGUCGUGGUCCUACACAUAACAAUUCACGUCAACGCAUGACGUCAGCUGUGUUUUUUCUAGAAUUAGUCUUAGAUUGCCGUUUUAUUUUAAUACAUUGUCCUGUGCAUCAAUGGAUCAUGGUGGAUAAGAUAAAGGUUUGGGGCAUCAGACACUAACUGUUUGGCAGCUCAGUUAACAGUGAACAGAGUGUAUUUUCUCUUUGCCUCAGUAUGUUAAUUCUCCUCAUCUUUGGCAAGGUCAGGGUUUUAAAGUGAAAUCACAGAGUCAUGGGAAAGGCUAGACCCUGUUGCAUCUCAUGUCAAUGUGGCCUGUUUGUUUUAGACGAUUGGAGGGUUUGACUAUUUUCUAGUUGGAGGGUCACUUAGCGUCACUGUCUCUUUGCUGUCAUUACAGAUGGGAGUUAUUUGUGGCCGGGGCAAGGUUGUGUUAUCCCUGAUGCAGUGAUGUGUGUCCCAUUGUUCUCUGUCCCCCCCAGUCUGGCUGCACGGCGCCGAGGGUGACCCCCUGGUGACGUGUGACGGGCACCUUGGUUACGGGCGUCAAACACACACACAGCUGUCACACACACAUACACACACACACACUCUCUCUGUCUCUCCGUUUCAUUUUCUGUCUCCUUUCUCAUACCCUCUCUCUGCCAUCGCUGUCCAUUUCUAUCCCCCUUCCCCCUCUCUCUCCCCCCGUCCCCUGUCCCUCCCCCCUUCUCAACCCUCCCCAUGCAGUUAUUAACGGACGGCUGUGUAGAGCAAUGGGAGAUGUGUAGUAUCUCUUUCGUCCUUUCCUUCUUUGUUUCUUUAAUUUUACUAGUCUUUCCAUCCCUGAAGGUCAGGUUUCGGAGGUGAACUGACCCACAAAGUUUGAGUGCUUUCCGUAACAGGUGGCUGAUGUAGCAAGUGGUGCCACUGCCCUCUGACUGGAUCAAUGUCUAACAGUUUAUCCCGGGCAAACCAAUGGAGAUGAAUGUCCCUGGCCAAAUGCAGGGAAUCGUUUUUAGUCCCUGUCCAUAAUCCCUUCAGCUGCUUGAGGUAGAAGAUUGUGCCUUCUGCUCUGUGUUGUUGGAUCAUUUCAUGUCCUUGGUAAUGUAAACACUGAGGGACAGGAGGACAGGUAGGGGCAGAGCAUUUAUCCCUGGGGGGGCCCAUGUGGUGGAGGUCAUAUUGUCUGUCCUGACCACCUGGGGUUGGUCCUUUAGGAGGUCGAUGAUCCACUUUUCGCAGACGUCUCAGCGUCCUGACACGCUAGGAGAAUGCUGGUGUUAAAAUCUGAGCCGUAGUCAAUAAACCUGCAGGUGUUUGUCGUGUCCAGUUGAGUUGUAAUGUGCAGUUCAGUGGCUGUUUGGGUAAUCUACGGCUCUGUUUAGGUAAUCUAUGGCUCUGUUUGGGUCAUCUAUGGCUCUGUUUGGGUCAUCUAUGGCUCUGUUUGGGUAAUCUAUGGCUCUGUUUGGGUAAUCUAUGGCUCUGUUUAGGUAAUCUAUGGCUCUGUUUAGGUAAUCUAUGGCUCUGUUUAGGUAAUCUACGGCUCUGUUUAGGUAAUCUACGGCUCAGUUUGGGUAAUCCAUGGCUCUGUUUGGGUCAUCCAUGUCUCUGUUUGGGCCAUCCAUGUCUCUGUUUGGGUCCUCUAUAUUUGGGCACUAGGCAAACUGCAAUGGGUCCAGAGUGAUGGUCUGAUGGAGGUUUGUGCUUCUUAGCAAGCCUCUCAAAGCAUUUCUCAUUCUGUGUGCGUGCAUGUUUUUGGUUGUGUGUGUGACAUUCCUACUCUGUGUGUGUGUGUGUCAGAGAUUUCUGGGUGAGCUUUUCUCUAAAGAUAGACAUUGGAACAUCUGUCAGACUAUGGCAGUAGUGAGGUGGUAUGUAACAGUAUGAAUAUUUCCACUGUGGUGGCCCCAUCCUUUUUCACCCCAGUUUCCUCUUGACAGAGGCUGAGAGCCACCGCCUCACCACCCACUGGGCUUCUGGUGAACGUCUAGAAACUUCCGGCCUUGCAUAGAGAACUAGGAGGCAACAGUAGUCUGUUGUAAAAGUCUCAUUGGAAAGCCAGAGAGUAAUCUUUACAGAUUAGAUAGAGCUGGGAGAGGAGAGUUUGGCUGUGUUUAACCCAUAUUACACUCUGCUGCUGCCGCAGUGCUUAAUUAAAACUACCCACAAUUCCCUGUGUGCUGGGUGGAGAGUUGACACCAAGGUAAGGUCCUGGCUCCAGUGAGAACGCACACACACAAAAACACAUAGGAACAUCUAAACACAUUAAUGCAUCUAAAAAUACAAAGACAUGUAAACACAUUAAAACAUAUUUGCAUACACAUAGGUUUAAUUUCCUUCCACUCAUAUACAAUACAUAAAGGAUGAAAUGCAACAGCUUUAAAUGUGAAAUGUUGCAACAUAGCAAGAACAAUCUGUCAUCUCCUGCUGUUCAUCACUGCAGCAAACAAACCAUGAAACCUAGACUGUAAGGAACCAGUCACCUUUUCCUGUUGCUUUCCUUCUGCUAACUGUGACUCUCCAUCUCUAACAAUACUCAGUAUACACUCUCCUCAUCCUCAUCACCAGUUUUAAAUUUAUUUGACUCUCAUUUCCAGAUUUUUGCUCUUUCAUUAGACUGAAUGUACUGUAGUAAUCUCAAUAUUGACAAUUCAUUUAAAAACUGAACUGAACGUUGUUUACUGCACCUGGCAUCAUUGGAAGUUCUUAUUAAAACGUCCUUAAUGUUCUUUGCAAAAAAAACUA